CCGCCACCAUGACGCUCAAAUCCGGCCGCAACGACAGCGUGGGCAGCAUGCGGACGGCGCUCUCCGAUCUCUACCUGGAGCACCUGCUGCACAACAAGCCCAAGGCCCAGGCAAACCCAUCCCCGUCGAAUGCCAUCAGUGAAGACAUUUACACCAAUGGCUCAGCCGUGCUGGGCAGCCCAGCCCACGCAAAUGGGCGGGAAGUGCGGAAAAUGAGGUUCAUCCAGUUUGAGAAGGUCGCAGAAGAGCCCAUGGGCAUCACGCUGAAGCUGAAUGAGAAGCAGAGCUGCAUGGUGGCCAGAAUCCUCCAUGGAGGCAUGAUUCACAGGCAAGGCUCCCUUCAUGUGGGGGAUGAGAUCCUAGAGAUCAAUGGGAAAAGUGUCACCAACCACUCUGUAGAUCAGCUGCAGAAGAUACUGAAAGAAACCAAGGGAACGGUCUCGCUAAAGGUCAUUCCCAACCAACAGAGCCGCGUUCCUGCCCUUCAGAUGUUCAUGAGAGCCCAGUUUGACUACGACCCCAAAAAGGACAGCCUGAUCCCUUGCAAGGAAGCUGGCCUGAAGUUCCAAACGGGAGACGUCAUCGAGAUCAUCAACAAAGAUGACAGCAACUGGUGGCAGGGCCGGGUGGCGGGUUCCUCCAAUGGACCGGCUGGACUCAUCCCCUCCUUGGAGUUACAAGAAUGGCGUGUUGCAAGCACGACCCAGGGCAAUCCCGGUCAGGCCCAGAACUGUAGCCCUUUCGGCAAGAAGAAGAAAUGCAAGGACAAGUAUCUGGCCAAGCACAGUUCAAUUUUUGACCAGCUGGAUGUCGUGUCGUAUGAGGAGGUGGUCAGACUUCCAGCUUUCAAGCGGAAGACACUGGUGCUAAUAGGGGCCAGCGGGGUUGGCCGAAGCCACAUUAAGAACACCCUGCUCAGCAAGAAUCCUGAGAAGUUUGGAUACCCUCUUCCAUACACCACUCGGCCCCAGAAGAAGAAUGAGGUGGACGGGAAAGACUACCAUUUUGUUUCCACAGAGGAGAUGACAAAAGACAUCUCAGCCAAUGAGUUCCUGGAGUUUGGGAGUUACCAAGGCAACAUGUUUGGCACCAAAUUUGAAUCCGUGCACAAGAUCCAUGAGCAAGACAAAAUCGCCAUUCUGGACAUUGAGCCACAAACCCUGAAGAUCAUCCGCACCGCUGAGUUCUCGCCUUUCAUUGUGUUCAUUGCUCCCACAGACAAAGCAGACCAGUCAGAAGCUUUGCAGCAGCUGCAGAAGGAUUCAGAGGCAAUCCGGAGCAGAUACGCCCACUACUUCGACCUGUCGCUGGUGAACAAUGACGUGGAUGAGAGUCUCCAGCAACUCCAAGCAGCCUUUGAGCGGGCGUGCAGUUCAGGCCAGUGGGUUCCUGUUUCCUGGGUGUACUGAGGUGCUUUGG